ACAGUAAAAAAAAAAAAAAAAAAAAAAAGUAGCAAUAAUAAAACUCUCCACAUAUUGUUAUUUUAAUCCAGGUGUCUUUGGCAAAAAUUGAGGUGAAGGGAUUUGGAUGUGAUGUUAUUUCACGAAGAUUAGGUUGUUGCGUCACCUGAAAAUUAUUAAUAUUUAGUUAUAUAAGUGUUGCGAAAUUUACAUUAGAACAUCUCGUUGAAAUAUGUUACAACUGAAAAGUGCACUAUCGUGAAACAUUUUCAGGUAUCCAUAAAAAAAAAUGAAUAAACGGGGUAACAUGGCAACACGUCGUCUCAGGCAAGACUACAUGAGGAUUAUGAGGGAUCCUGUUCCUUAUGUUAAAGCUCAUCCUCUCCAACAAAAUAUUUUAGAAUGGCAUUUUGCUGUGCUAGGACCAGAUGACACCCCUUACAAAGGUGGUGUUUAUCAUGGUAAACUUGUCUUUCCUGGAGAAUUUCCCUUUAAACCACCAAGUAUCUACAUGAUCACCCCUAAUGGUAGGUUCAGGUGCAACACACGUCUUUGUCUGAGCAUCAGUGAUUUUCAUCCUGAUACAUGGAAUCCUGCAUGGUCUGUAGCUACUAUACUAACUGGUCUUCUGAGCUUUAUGGUUGAAAAAAAUCCAACUUUAGGAAGUAUUGAAACAUCUGAUUAUGAGAAACAGCUAUUAGCUGCUAGAAGCCUUGAAUUUAACCUUAAUGAUCCCAUCUUUUGUGAACUGUUUCCUGAUUUAGUUGAGGAAUCAAGGCGAAAAAUUAAUGAGCGCCAACUUUUGAGCACUGCCAGAAAUAUUGAAAGUAAUACAGAUUCAAGCACAGAAGUACACAAUUCCCAAUUUCAAAAGGGUCAAGCUUUGCUAAGUGCACUCACAAAUGUUGCUGUUAUUGUUGGAUUUGCUGCUUUUGCAUACACAGUGAGAUAUGUUCUUAUGAGUAUUAUCAAAUGAUCCUGUUUUAAUUGUUUUUGAAUGAGUACUGUAAAUGGAAAGGAUACACUGGUUUAUUAAAAGUUUGGGCCAAAAGAUGCAUAUUAUUUUGAAUUAUGAUUCUCAAAUAUGAAAACAACAAAAUCUAUUUUAAUAGCUGUUAUUUUUAUUGUUCUAAAAAUUAUUAUAUCUUUUUGUAAUUAAUUUUAAUUAAAUAUCCUCUGUCAGCUCUAAAUUUUCCUCCAUUUUUCGGUUCAGCCAUCGUGAAUAAACUUGCAAAUUUGUAAGUAGUUGUGCUGUAAGUAAGGGCAACAUUUAGUAAUAUUUCUAUUUUGUACAUAUAUAGUAUACAUGCCACCAGAUUUGAUACAAGUUGAUUAUCCUGUUUUAAAUGUAUAAAUGUAAUAUAGUUAUCUUAAAUGUGUUGUAUGUCCUUUAUAUUACAAAGUGAGAAUUUGUUUCAUGAUAAUUUUUGUUUCAAAUUUGUACUGAUGUUUACUGGGAGAAAAGGUUACAUGUUUCAAAAAAGAUUGUCAAGAAGACAAAAUAAAUUAAGAAUUUAUUGAUAA